AUGGCCUCAGUCAAGCAUUUGAACGAAAGGAAGCUCCAGCAGUAUCUCCGAUAUGCAGUGCGACCAUCAAGACCAGCGGGUACACCAAGAGUCAAAGGUAUCUACCUAUUCGGGCCCCGCGAUCCUCUGCCCUCUCCUCCACCGGCUACUGCAAAGAAGUUCACCAAGAUUUCACCACGAGGCAUCAUGUCUUCGCAGGGAGCGCAAAUUGGCGCAGAGUGGAAUCAAAAAUCUUCAGACGCACUCAACACUGCACUGGCACAGACGGAGGACAGAUGGUACAAGUCUUCAGGCAAGAUGAUCCCGAAGCGGCCAUCAGCAGACUGGGCGGAAAUAGUCCAAGCAUGCGAGGGCAUCAUCGCCUUUGAUGCUGUGCUAUGCAGAGGUCCACGGCAUGAUCCAAGUAGAAUAUAUACCCUGGAAGGCACUGCGAGUGGCGCACCACAUCCCGCAUCAUUCCUUCGUCCCACAAUUGCGACUGUUGCUCUAGGACCAUCUGGCUGCGAGACAUGUCACUCUUGCCCCGAAGGAGCCGCCGUCUUUGGACAGUCUGUACAGUCACAUUUCCCACUCCUGAGUCCAGUGCCACUUCAUGGAAGCUCGCUGCGCGCAGCGCAGAUACCACACACCACCGAUGGCUCAUCAGCCCCACCUCUUAUUGUACGCUGCGAAGACUGUCUCAAGGGUCGUUGGUGCGAACGGUGUCAUAAAUGGUGGGACGAGGAGUGUUAUACUGGAUCAACGAUUGCCCAGCGCACGGAAUUGCAGCAAACGGAGCUCACAGAGAGCCUACAACCCAACGGGACUAGCCACCUGAUCCCGAAACAGACCAUCAAGGUCAUCGGCGUAAGAAGGGAUUGCUUUGGCUGCGGCCAUACGUGCAUCAGCUGCAAAGAGCUGUUCAUUCGAACAUGCAAGAGGUGUAAGAACGAAUAUUGUCGAGAAGACAAUGAGGCUUCCUCUGACAUAAUGUGCGACUGGUGCAACUAUACCUCACGGCGAACAACGGUUGAGAUGUAG